ACUAACAUUCUUGUAAUAGGAAGAUCAACCUUUUAAUCUGCCCUACUUCAGAAGACUCUCGAAUUGUUACAAUUUCUGCCACUCGCUCUUUCAUGAAUUUCCAGAGAACAAAGAUCUUGAGGAGGAAUAUUAUAAUAGCAGACUUGUGUAUAUACGAAAAUAACUGGGUGUUGCUGAUGCAGGUUGUCAAAUACACUGUCAUAGCAGCCAUGACAUUUGUGGCCAUACUACAACAAGACAAGUUUCUAUGGAGAGCUGUUAUCUUCGUGCUUGAUUUCGUGGUUUUUCAUUUGCUAGAAAAAGGAAUCAAAAAGUAUAACUUGGUCGCCAACUAUUCAGGGAUUAUAGUAGCUACAAUCAUGUAUGUCCAAAUGACAGAAGUUAAUCUCAAAUUCGCAUACUUCAGAAUCAAUGAAGGCUAUCUCAUCCAGAUUUCUAUGUCCUUGGUGUUCAGUACAUGAGUCACAACAAGUUGGAAAAUAGCAUGACUCAACCAAUCUCUGCUUCAUAUGUAUGGGUUGGUGAGACUUAAGAAUAAAUUUGGCACUCUCACUGAUUAUUAUUACCCUGGGUCUUUCUGAGCUCUGGCUUUUUUCAUAUUUGGAGCCUAUUCCUACUCCAACACUCUGAAGCAAGAAUUCAUUGCAAAUUAUAAAAAGCGAAGGACUUUACAAGGACAACGAGGCACACUCAAUUGUAUCCCUGAAGGAGUGCUUAUUGUGAAUAAAGAUAAAAAGUACAAAUACGCUAAUCCUAAGAUAAAAGAAACUUUUGAUAUAAAGUCAUUUUACAAAUCUGAUGCAGCAAGAGAUGAGAUCAAAGCGACUCAAAUUCACAUUGAUAGAGAAUUAGAUAAGAUUAUUUAAAAAGUACUCUUUCUGAAACUCAAAUUCACACCUCAAAGACCCAAAUAGCUCGGAUGAGUUUCUCAAUGGCUUCUUGAAGAGAUUCAGAGUGAAAUGAAGCGGAACUGAAUUCAACCAAAAUAUUUUUGACCAAUCCUUCGGCGUUGAUAAAAGUGAUGAACAUUCACAAAUGUCAAAGUUUUCUGAAUAUAGGCAUGGAAAAUCAACACUUGCCCAGUUCCUUGAAAGAGAACGAAAAUCGAUUAUGGAGGAUAUUAAUUUGAGCAAAGAAUCAACAAUAAGUAUGGAAUACAAAUCAAAUAGAGAUAAUUACGAAACUCAAACGCGUGAAUUUGUGGUAAAAACAACUAUUGUUGAUGCCGAUAAUGUCAUGAACACAGACACUCUAUUCAUGCACAUGUUUGUAGAGACUACUCAGAUAAGUCAGCUUGAGGAAGCCAAAGCUCAGAACCAUUAUCAGCGUCAGAUGCUAUCUAAUGUGUCUCAUGAGUUUAGAACCCCUUUGAACUCCAUCGUGGCUUCAUUAGAAUUGAUGAGGAUGCAUGAUUAUGGAGAACAUAAUCGGCUUGUUCGAAUUGCUUCCUCCUCUUGAAGCAUUUUGACAAUGCUUGUUGAGGAUAUCCUGGACCAUGCCAAAAUUGAGUCAGGCGUCUUCCAAAUCAACAACGAGAUCUUCACCAUGACCCAAUGCUUACAAGAAAUCCAAGAAGUGUUUGUUCUUCAAGCCAGAGGCAAAGGACUUGAACUCAUCAUUGAAAUGGAAGACAAACUCAAAGAGUUACCAGUCCAGUCCGACAAAGGCAGACUUAAGCAAGUGCUCAUGAACUUGGUGUCGAACGCUUUGAAGUUUACAGACAGAGGAGCCAUUACCAUUCAGAUUCAUGAAAAGCAUCCCGAACAGCAGAGGAGGCCAAUUGAAGAAUCCAAGUCGUUUGGGGGAGACCAGCUCAGGGAACUCAGCUUUGAACAUGUUAGAGAUGAAGACAUUGAGUACUUAUCUGAAGCUUCCAAUCUCCAAGAAGAUAGGCAUAAUUGCUCUGAGUAUUUCUUCCACACCAACAGAUCCAGGUUUAGAAGCAUAGAACAUCCUCAAUCUGAGUUCACUGAUACAAUGCAGAUUUCUCUCAAAGUGGUUGACACCGGCAUCGGCAUCUCGAAAGCAGACCAGAAGUCGCUGUUCAAAUUAUUUGGCAAACUCAGUUCAAACCAUGACAGAAAUAAAACUGGAUGAGGACUGGGCCUGACCAUUUGCAAAAAACUCAUUGAGAAGCUUGGGGGAGAAAUCAGUUUAUAUUCGGAAGAAAAUGUGGGUACCACAGUGGAGUGCCAUUUCACCUGCAAAUAUUAAAUUAUUUACCAUCUAAUAUC